UUGCUCUUCAGCAAAAAGCUGCGGUGAAAAUUUAACAAAUUAAUUAUUUGUCACUUUUAGGAAAUUUUAUUGAAAAAUUUUGAAAAAUUGAAAAAUUUUGAAAAAUAUUGAAAAUCUAUUAAAAUCGGAGUAUUUUGAGCUGUUUUAAAGGAUAAAAGAACUAAAAAUCAACCAAAAAUGCGCAUCGAAAACUUACCAGAUCCCGAAAAUCGCUUCUCCAUCCUCGAAGAAGUUGCUGUCGGCAUGUGUUCCAAAGUCUUUCGAGCCAAGGACAACGAAUCAAAUGGUCGCAUUGUCGCCAUCAAGAUUCAAAAGUACGAAUCCGAGCUGCGUGAGUACAUCGAGGAAGAAUAUCGUGUCUUACGUGAUUUUUGCAAGCAUCCAAACCUCCCUGAGCUCGUUGGAGUUUACAAGAAGGAAAAAUCUCGCGGAAUGGAGGAAGUUUGGUUCGUAAUGGAGUUUUGCGAAAACGGCUCUGCCAUCGAUCUCGUGAACGCUCUUCAAGUAAAAACGCGUCGCAUGACGGAGCUUCACAUCGCCUUCAUCCUCCGCGAGACAGCAAAAGCGUUAAUUCACUUGCACGAGAAUAACGUAAUUCAUCGCGACGUCAAGGGAUCCAAUAUUCUCCUCACGAAAGCGGGCGACGUGAAAUUAGUUGACUUUGGGCUGUCUCGUGACACGAAAGGACCUUACGGGAAACGGAAUACUUGCAUCGGAUCGCCUUGUUACAUGGCGCCUGAGAUGUUUACUGCCCCCGGAAAAGGAUCGAGCUCGUACAACAACAAAUGCGAUGUCUGGGCAUUGGGAAUAACGGCAAUUGAGUUGGCUGAUGGCAAACCUCCGUAUGCGGGAAGUCAUCCGACACGUAUGAUGUUCAAUAUUGUCCAUAAUCCGCCGCCAACGUUGCAUCGACAGUCGAAUUGGUCCCAGAUGUACAACGAUUUCAUCAUGGAAUGCUUGGAAAAGGAUCCCGAAUGUCGUCCUGUGAUGGCGGAAAUUAUCGAGCAUCCAUUUUUGACGCAAUUACCUGAAAAUGACUAUCAUUUGACUCAAGAGCUGAAAAUAAUGCUGGAAGAAUGUUUAGACACGAAAAAAUCCCUGAAACGCGAAGCUGAAAUCGGAAUUCACAAAGGUUUCUUGAAGGUUUACGACGAAGAACCCAAAAAAAUGUUCGUUGAGGAUCUCUGUGCCUUGCCCAAAGUCACGGAAGAGACAAUUUUGAACGAAAUUCAACAUCGCGUGAAAAAUGGUUACAAUUAUACCUUCGCCGGUGACAUCUUACUCGCUUUUAAUACGAACGAAACGACUUUUACGACUCCUGAGAUGCAUUCCAAGUACAAAUUCAAGUCGCGUUCGGAUAAUGCUCCCCAUAUUUUUGCUGCUGCUGACACGGCGUACCAAGAUGUCUUUCAUCACGACGAGAUUCAGUACAUUUUGUUGAGUGGCGAGAGCUUGAGCGGCAAAACUCACAAUUUGAGGAUGUUGGUUGAUCAUUUCAUCUGCUUGGGCGAAGGAUAUCAGAAUAUUGGGGGACGCAUUACGGGUGCUUAUAACAUCAUUCAGGCAUUAACCCAUGCACGAACUCCCACAAAUCCCAAUUCGACGAGAUGUAUUUUGAAUUUUCAAUUGACGUUUGCGAGCACGGGAAAGCUUACGGGAGCGAUUUUCAAUCCGUAUAUGUUGGAAAAGUUUAGAGUUGCUUCUGAAAAGACCGACCAAUUAAAUUUCCACAUUUUCUACCAAUUUUUCAACACGAUGGAGCGCGAAGAGCGUCUUUUGGAUUAUUUCACGGACUUACGAAUCGGUUUCAACAAAACUCUUCGUGGCUACUGUCCCUCGGAUAAAAAUGCCAAAAGUUUCCGUGAAUGGGAGCAAUUAUUAUCAACUUUGGAUUUCUCAAAGGACCAAAUCGAGUCAAUUUAUCGCAUUCUCGCUGCGAUAAUACUCAUGGGCGAAAUCGUGUUCAAGGAAAGUGAAAAUUCCGCAACAAUUGCCGAAGUCGCCAACCCCAAAUAUGCCAUUCAAGCAUCGAAACUCCUCAAAAUCGACGAGAAAAAGUUCAAAUGGGCUCUCGUGAACUAUUGCAUCAUCUCGAACGGAAAUGCAAAACGUCGUCAUCACUCGCCCGACGAAGCUUGUCUCGCCCGUGAUGCCCUAAUUGGCGCCAUUUACAGUCGUUUAGUCGAUUACAUCGUCAACAUCAUAAACGCCAAGCUCGCUUUUGGUCGUGCCGUGUUCGGAGACUCGCAUGUAAUCUCAAUUAUCGACAUGUUCGGGUUUGAAUGCUUUGCGGAGAACAAUUUCGAGCAACUUGUGAUCAAUUCUGUCAAUGAACAGUUCCAAUAUCACUACAACCAGCGAGUUUUUGUGUGGGAAAUGCAAGAAGAAGCGGAAGAAGGCAUCGAUUUCAUCUCGUUGAACUUUUAUGACAACAAAAUUUGCGUCGAUCAACUCAUGAGUAAGCCAAAUGGGGUGUUUAGCAUCUUGGAUAAUUGCUCGUUGGGACGUCAUGACUACGCCUACAUCAUCGAACACAUCAAUUCGAACAAGACGACGCUCAUUAAGCGAAGUAACAACGCGCAUCAAUUCACUGUGGCGCAUUAUACGGGAACAGUUACUUACGACGCUCGUGAUAUGGGAGACAAAAAUCGUGACUUUGUACCGCCUGAGAUGCUGGAAACGCUUCGUGGAUCCUCAGAAGAGGUCGUUAAAACGAUGUUUUUGAAUCUUCUGACCAAAACGGGGAACUUGACGAUGACGACAGAAAAUGAUGAGGUCGUUGCCGUUAAUCAGAAGAAUAAAUGGGGUGCUGCUCUUGUUGCUGAAAAGUCAAAAGGACAGAAGUUAAAUACCUUAUCACGAGGCGUUUACAGUCAACUACACAAGAUGCGAACCUUAUCAUCAGUUUUUCGUUCAACUUGUUUGGAAUUGUUGCGAAAUUUGUCAAUCGCCGGCAUUGGAGUUCAUUUUGUUCGGUGCAUUCGAUGCGAUUUAACCAACGAACCACGUGGUUUUCAUGAAGAAUUGGUCCGGCAACAAAUGCGAGCGAUGGCAAUUUUGGAUACUACAAGAGGCAGACAACGCGGAUAUCCAUACCGAAUUACUUUUGAAGAGUUUUUGAGACGUUAUAAAUUCUUAGCCUUCGAGUACGAAGAAAAUGUGGAAAUAACGAAAGAUAAUUGUCGUUUAUUGCUUUUGCGUCUCAAAAUGGAAGGAUGGCUCAUUGGUAAAACGAAAGUUUUUCUCAAAUAUCAUAACGUCGAGUUCUUGGCAAAAUUAUACGAAGAUCAAGUCAAGAAAAUUGUCAAAGUUCAAGCCUUUUUGCGUGCAUUUUUGGCUAAAAAGCGUAUUACCAACAAAUUACGCAGCGUUCGUGACUCAAUUCGUCGUCGCUUAUCUCAUCAAGACUCCCGCGAUUCGCAACUUUCCGAGGACGAAGCUGUCGUUCGUAUCCAAAAAUUCUAUCGCGGGUAUCAAGCACGUAAAAUUUAUGGGUCUCUCAUCAACAAAAAGACCGGAAAAAUUGACGAAACCACGGCAGCGUUCAUUGCGCCCUUCGCCCGACGUUGGAAAAACAAGACUUUAUUCCAAAUUGUCUUGCAAUAUCGUGCACAUCAGUACCAAAAUUUAAUUGCAUUCGGUCAACAAGUGCAUUAUUUCAACCAACAUGCCGUUCAGGGUCUCAAUUCUGUGAGCAAUUGUGUCCUUUUGGAGAAAAUCAAUCAACGCGAGUUCCAAAAAGAGGUUUUGGGACCCAUAAAAUUGUCUUGCUUGAAAAUUCCCUUCAGAUUUGACGAUUUGCCGUUCUUUGAUACGUCUCACAUGUGUCAAGAUCAUCAAAUGUACCACGAAGACGAGGAAAAUUGGGAUUGGGAUGUCCCAAUGCGUCGCGUAAAGUAUCAAGCGGCACCAAGUGCUUACGGUCCGGGCAUUGCCAAGCAUGAGGCGAUGAAAAAAUACGGCGUUGAUUUCGAAUAUUUGGUUAAUGAGCCAUUUACUCGCGAUAAUACGAUACGAAAAAUUCAAGCUCGUCGUAUCUCCGAACAUCAAGUUCAGGCACGUGCGAACGUCUCUUCGUACCAAAUGCCUUCGUACAUUCCCGCAUCUCCAUCCGCACGUUUCGGGGAUACCGGUCGACACAACUAUGGCGCCAAAAAAAUCGCUCCGUCGCCUCCAAUCGUCAAACAUAACAAGGGAAUGGCGCCGCAACCGUUCGUUGAACCCGAAUGGAAGCCUGCAUUGAAGCACGUUUCGCCGAAAAAGGUCGAUCCGAUCCGAGAAAUGAAACUUAUUGGACAAAAAACGGAAGACGAUGAUACGGAUGGCGAUGCACCAUUCAACUUCCAACACAUGUUGCGAAAGACGAACCACAAACGAGCUUCGAUGAAACGCGAUGGAAAUUUGGGUUUUGUCACGGGCGAAAUUGACAUUGAUGAUCAUAACGCCAACUCGGGCAUGGCAAAAUCCAACAACAACGUCGUCUACAAGAGUAAAAACAUGAAAAAAGAUGCGAAUGCUAACAAAGCUCCCACUCUCGUACUCGACUCAGAGGAUUUCUCGGCAGAUCUCUAAAUA